GCCUACUCAUUUGGCGGCUAAUUACGUGGUGAAAAAAGGCAAGGUGUUCAUCAAGGUGUGUUGCUGUUGUUGUUACCCAUGCAACUCUGAACUGGUUAAACUGGUGAAGGAUUGACCCGGAAGUACUGCUGCUACUGGUUAAUGAAGUAAGACCCCUAACAAAGAGUGGUGAGAAUUUUUUACAAACAUAGAACAAUUGAAAUGUAUGCAAAGUGUGUGGCCCAAAAAAAUUGAGCAAACUGUGAAAAGAAAUGCGUACUUAGUAACCGUGCAGUAGUGAGCAGAGGGUACGCGAUAAGUAGUGACAGUGAACAACCCGAACCUUUAGCGUUGUACGAUGAACAGUGCUUCUGCCGUGUUAUUUUAGUACGUAACAACACACCCUACGCUAGUGGAGUAAGAAUGACGACACUUCUGAAGAACGUUACCAACAGCAUCUGGCAUGCGUUUCGAGCCCUGCAGCAGGACACUUCCGGAUUCGUGGGGAAAUCUAAACUUAAGGUUUUGACCGCAAACAUCGCAACCCUGCUGGACCUGUACGGCGUCGAGCGAGGUUUGGAUCACUUCCGGUCCACGGCAACGCUGAACUUUGACCAUUAUCUGUACUAUCUGGGCCAGGAGGUGUUUUCCUCACUGUCCAAUGAGCUGUCGCUAUCUGCGCUGCGGAACUACGAAACUAAAAUCGAUGAGGUUUGCUGGCUAGUGUGCCGCAAAGACUUCGAGCUAGUUGACGUUUCCUACUACAAGCAAGAUGCCCUGUAUCAGUUGUUCAGGAUUUUCUGCCUGAUGGCCGAUUUGUACAGUGACGAAAUGGACGACAAUCAGUUUACGGUGAAGAUUCACCCAUCGGAGGCGUUGAUCGUGGUAAAACAACUGCUCAACUCGCUUGGAUUGGAUUACAACAACGAGGAGAAGUAUGAUUAUCUAAAAACCUCGGACGACGGGUUACAGUUCAACGACUUUUUGGAAGUUUUGAGAUUCAAAGACUACAGCAAAGUGAACGACUACGCAGCAUCGAUCUGCGAGGCCAUUCGUGACAUCUACCAGACGCUCAUUAUGGAUGUGAUCAAGAAGGGUUAUCUGUACAGAAGAGGAUAUGUUCUUCCUACUUUUCGGGAGUAUUUUUUCGUUCUGCAACCCUGUGAGUUGUCGUAUUAUAAACAUCACACGGAUAAAGACACUUGCGGAUCGAUUUCGCUGGACUCCAAGUUUAUGGUUAAGCCGAGUAUCUCUUCCUCGGGUAGAACCGAACGUGUCCAGAAGUUUACGUUAAUCUCCGGAGAUCGAACAUACGAACUAGGUGCACAGGAUCAUAAGACGCGACUCCAGUGGAUUUCGGCUUUGCAGUUAGCUAUCACUUACUCGACUGGGAGAGAGGGGUUCCAGCGUGAUACGGUCAAUCGAAGAAAGCAGCAGCGUGAGUUGGAUUUGCGAAAGCGACGCGAGGAGGAAAACAUGCGUAGUAUUCACUUGAAGCAACUGCAGGAAACAAGCGUUCGGUUAGAGCAGGAAAAACUGGCCCGAUUGGCAGCAGAAUCACAGGCUCGACAGUUUCAGGAGGUGGCACGAGAAGAUUCCCGCCGCGUAGCGGAGCUGGAAGAUGUUAAGCUUUGUCUUGAAAAGAUGCUCGAGGAUGAGAUUCAAGCUAAACGGGAUGAGGAGAUCGUUCGGGCGCUGCAGGCACGCGUUCUGGCCGAGGAAUGGGAAAAACGUGAGGAGCUGGAGAGUUUGCAGGCCGAGCAGAACGUUUUGCUAGAGCAGGAACGUCAGAAGCGCAUUGAGUUUGAGCAUAGGCAGCAGGAAAAUGAAAAACGCUUCAAAGAAGCGGAGCAAAAACUACGCCAGCUGGAGGAAGAACGCAAAAAAUUAGACCGAGAGCUGAAGCAAGCGCGUCAAAAGAUUCAGCUUUCGGAAGACAACAAGGGUAUAGUCGAGGCCAAACUACAGGCUAUGGCACCGACGUUCCGUAAAGCUCCUGAUUUUAUGAUUCGCCGGACUCAAUCGUUUGUGGCUUCCGAUCGUCCCGUUGUGAUGGCAAUUCCACGCUGAAAUGUGCUUCCCGUUCGAUUUGUUGUGCCAGUAAUUAUAAAACAAGCAGCAAUGGGCUUCUCGAGUAACCGAACAGAGAAGGUAUUUAUCUAUUACGUUAAUUUUUAAGAUAUCGUCUGAUCGUUUUUGUGCUUUAACUUUAUUUUAUUUUUACUUUUGUUGUCUGGUGCCACAAUUUGUAUUCGUCUUUUUACAUGAUAAAACUGCCUACAAAUUAAAACAUAUUCCAGUAACACAAA